GUCCAACACCAGGCUCUGGCUGCAGCAGAAGACUGUUGACUUCCUUCCAGCUCUCUGCAUCUCUGUCCAGCUACACGCAGAGGGAAAGAAUGACAGCAGUGGACCCGCAGAGCCAGAGGGGAUUAUUUCCCCUGGAUGCGCACCAGAGAAGCCUGGGCUUUCUUAACUCUGUUGAGAUGGUUGGUGGAAAUAUUACACUUCAAUUGAUCCUCUUAUAUUCCAACAUGCAAAAUUUAUUCCAUCCCGUCAGAGCAGGGCCAGCUGACCAGUUUGUCUUUCUUAGCCAAACAACUUUAACUAUGUGUUCAAUAAAAGUGAGGGAAAAAAACUGACACAAAAUAACUCACAUGAUAACAAUUAGGUAUGUAUUUUUCUGACAUUAGAUCUGAUUUAUAUUGAUGAACUUUUUAAGCACAGUAAUGCAGUGCCUGUUAGCACCACAGUAAUGAACGACAAGUUAAGUCCCAGGAAACCUUGGAUAGUUUAGGAAAAAUUCAUAGUCCUAUUUACAUGGAAAGUUAGGAAAAGAAAAAGUAUUGAUCUAUCUGGAUUUGCAUGUGUAAUUGGUCAAAGAGAAAACAACAAAACGUUUGUCUUGAUUGUAGUUCAUAAAUAAAUUCAUUCACAUGUGGUUUAGUUCGUGGAUAGUUGUUAGCUAACAUUAACUAAACUGAUAAACUGCAGACUUUAUUUUUCUUCAGGCAAUUUUGGCAGUUACAAAACAGCCUCAGAUGCAUUACCACCAAUCUGGAUUGGAGUAGGGCUGACCCUGAUUUGCAUGAAGCCUGAGAAAACCAAGACCAAGUUUAAUUCCUUGUUUGAGCCAUGAAGAGGGAAAAUAUCUACCAACUUGCAUGAAAAAAAAAAGGAAAAAUGUAUAUUAUUCUGCAUGCUCCCUGUUGAGGCCUCGGCUGCCAGGUUGGGAACAACUGAAACUAAAUGACAGGAAACUGAGGCCCAAACACAUGAGAUUACCUAAAUUUGUACCUGAGUCAACCAUGAGCUAAAGUCCCCAGAUUCCAGUUUUUAUAUUGUUAAGAACUGUAUUACAUGACUUUGUUUUUCAAUUUUUUUUUUUUUCAAACCUGCACAUAUCAAAUUACAAGUUGUUUUUCCAUACUUAAUUUUGUUUUCGGUGCUUGUAGUCAGUAGGAAAAAACACAUACCAGUUUUUCUUUAACUAUCCACUUCUUUUCCUGAUUAAAAGAUUACAUAACAGUUGAAAACUUUGACAUGUUUGUGGUUUAUAUUAUAACCUCACGUCAAAAGUGUCUUGUUCUUGUUUGUUCGAGUCCCACUCUUUGUGUGUGUGUGUGUGUGUGUGUGUGUGUGUGUGUGUGUGUGUGCGUCUAAUCCCCUCACUGUGACUCUCACAUGAUGAAAAAAAUCCCACUUCUCACAGGAGCCUGGGGCUGAACACUGUAUGGUUACUCCACCUCAGCUCACAUGCUCCUCUGUUCGUGCCGUAACAAAUGUUCCCCCUGUGCUACAUGUUAGCUUCGGUCACUCUGGAAAGCUAAAAGCACAGGGAGGAUCGUCUCCCAGUGAGCUGACAACAUGAGGAGAUACAUGGGGAUAAAAAGGAUUCGUUUGCCGUGGCUGAGGAGGGACAAUACGCAGAGUGAGUCCACUCCACUCAUAUCAAAGGCAGGCUCUGCAAAAGAGGAAGGUGAGGAGCUUGGCCAUGUCACCACUGAAUUUCUCCAAACAGGGACAAACAAUGGACAGGACCUCAACACCCCUGUAUACACAAGGAUCCAACCCCAUUACAGUUAUUCUUUGAUGGACUAUUUCCUAAAAUAUUUCCUGUUCCUAUGCAAUCUGGUGUUCACAGUUCUGGGCCUGGUGGUCCUUGGUCUGGGGAUGUGGGGCCUCAUCACCAAAGAGUCAUUUGCUCAGGAGAAGAUCGGCAGCAUCGGCACUGACCCCAUGCUGAUACUUGUGACUCUGGGCUUGCUCUUGACUAUGCUCUGCCUGUCAGGCUGCGUGGGCGCCGUAAGAGAGAACUGCUGCUUACUGAAGCUGUUCUCUGCCGCGGUGCUGAUGCUCAUCACGGCCCAGGUGCUGGCCGCCAUUAUGGCCUACAGUCUGCAAGACCAGAUCGGAGGCUACCUCCGCUCAGGGAUGUUAGUUGCCAUGGUGCAUUACCAGGAUGAUCUGGAUCUGAGGUUCAUUACGGACGAGAUUCAGUCAAAUCUGCAGUGCUGUGGGGCAGACAACUACCGUGACUGGGAGGUCAACAUAUAUUAUAACUGCUCAGCUCCAGGAGUGCUGGCCUGUGGUGUCCCUGCGACAUGCUGUGUGGACCCUUUGGAGAACGGCACGGUGUGGAACUCUCAGUGUGGUGUAGGAGCCCAGCAGCUCGACGAGUUUACCGCUCAGAGUGUGAUAUUCCUGGGUGGCUGUCUGGGGGGAAUCUCCCGCUGGAUUGAGCAGCACGAGGGCCUGAUAGGGACAGUUGGCAUCGUUGCAGUGGGGGUCCAGAUUCUGACUCUGUUUAUCACUACACGACUACUGGAAAGCAUCCAGUGGCAUAAAGUUUAUAUAUGACAUGGGGAGAUGAAUACAAGUAAUGAGUGAUGACUGCUUUUUUCGAUUCUGUUUGUCACACAAUCAAAUUGCUAGUUGCAAAGACUCAGAUUACUGUGCCUGUUUUGCAAAAGGAAGAGAAAAACAAUUAGUAAUUUCCAACUUAAAAUGUCAAGGUGGCAGAACAACGACCAUGAAUCAACAUGCAAAAAUCCGUGUUUUGAUUCAAAGGCGGAGACAUUUAAUGUUUCAAAGCACAAGAUCGAGGCCUUGUCUAACUCUAAAUCUACAGUAUGAGCUGUAAAAAAUCUUCACUUCUCCUGGACAACAUGUUACAUAUCUUUUUACCGUGAUGAAUAAGAACUCAUAAUCAGACACAAUUUCCAAAAUUACUGAUUUGAAAAUAUAGGUAGCAGCUUGACAGCAGAUUUUGUUACCUGUCCCCCUGUUUCCAAUCUUUAUGCUAUAAACUAAGCUAUGCUAACCGGCUGCUGGUUUCAGCUUUCUACUUAUUGUACAGAUAUGUGAGCAGAAUAAAUGUUUUUAACAAUUUAACUCUGCAAAAACGUGAAUAAGUAAAUUUCACAAAACUAUCAUUUGAACUAUUGUCAAAAUGCAAAGAAACAUUGUCACUUUUUUUUUUUAAUUGACCCUAUGCGCUGUUCGGAUUAUUUUGUGGUUCACACAUGCUACUCUUCUUUUAAAAAAGGGACAAAUUAAAACAUUAUAAUGGAAAUUAUAUAAUGUUUCAAACAUAGUAGCAUGGUUUGAUAUGGCACUAUUCAAAGAGGAAAAGAAAGAAGAAGAAGAAAAUAGUUUGU